AUUUUAUGCGGCAUUUCUAACUCUAUCAAAUAGCGGUAAAUUUGGAGUCUUUAUACGUGCAGCGGAACUAUGGUGGUUCCUGGCAUCCCUGUGGCUGCACUUGGCCUUUCUGCCAUACUGUUCGGGAUUUUUAUUUUCUGGAAGUUUUAUGGCAAAAUUACUAAGACUGGCGGGUCACGUCCUCGAAUGCGCCCUGCCGCUACCGCUGGUGGAGUAAGACGUCGUGCUGGGCAGCGUCGUGUAGCUGCCCGUAUGAGAGAUGCUUCACACUCUGAAGGAGAAGAAAGAGUUGCCGAGAAUUUAGUUGAAAAUCCGGAUGCACAAACAUCAGAUGAUGAUCAAGUUCAGUCGAAAGAUUCACCAAAGAAAAAAAUUGGUGCUAAGAAAGCAGCAAAAUUGGCUGAAAAGGAACGUCGCAAAGAAGAACGAGAAGCGGAGGAACGCUAUCGUGAACACCAAAGAAAAAUAGAAGACAAGGAAAUUGAAAAACGCAAAAAAGAGGAAGAAGCAGAAGAGAGAGCUGCAGCAGCUGCAGCGGCUGCUGAAGCUAAGCGUCUUGAAGAGGAAGCAGCACGUGAACAAGCUGAAUAUGAACGUUUAAAACAAGAAUUCAGUAUUGAAGAAGAAGGAGUCGAUGCUGCACAACAAGAUAAUCAGGCAGAGGCUUUGAUCAACUCACAACUUAUUGCAGCUAUUGAAGAGGCGAAAAUCAUUCCAAUAGAACAUUUGUCAGUUAAUUUAGGCCUUAAAACUGAGCUAGAGGUAUUUGGUAUAUUCUGUUGUGUUCCUUUUCAGUAGAUUUAACAAUACCGUUGUUUAUUACUAGAGGGAACAAUUAUUCCUCAACUGCAAGUUUGAAGCUUGCGCAUCACAUCAAGUGCUCAACUGCAGGUGGAAACCAACAAACUGGCAGAAGAAGCAGGCAGCGAAGACAAGACUCCAAGUAAACAUAGAGAAGUUAGUGCUGAUGAGGAUGACCAACCAACGACAACAACAACCAGUACCAAUCAAUAUCAACGGCCGAAAUGUGAAAGGGGUUACUUCCUUCACUUAUCUAGGAGGCAUAGUUUCAACUACAGGUGGGCAGAACGAAUGAAGGUGUAAAAGGCAGCAAGCAUCCGAAAGACAUAGCAGACCUUCAUCAAUCUGAUAUCAGUUUGGAAAUCUUCUUCAUUCAGCCUAAUGAACAAAAUUCGGGUUUUCAGCACAAAUGUUAAGUCGGUUCUUCUAAAUGGGUCAGAAACUCAGCAGGUGAGUCAUGAAAGGCAUUUCCCGUACGUUGCAGAUUUUUAUCUACAGCUGACUACGUCCCAUAUCGAGGAUCAAAUGGCCAGAAAGGAUCAGCAACAAGAAACUAUGGGAACAAACCAACUAGGAGCCUAUCGCUCAACAAAUAUGUGGAGGAGAAUGGAGGUAGAUAGGGCACAUGCUAAGGAGACCGUCAAAUGAUAUCACGCGCCAGGCUCUCGAAUGGAAUCUCAAUGGGGAACGACUAGUGGGUCGUCUUAGGGGGACAUGGAAGAGAUCGUGUUAGGUGGAGAUAAGAAAUUAUGGGCAGUCUUGGACCCAGGUGAAGAGGACGGCAGAAAAUAGAAAAAAGUGGAGAUGUGUUGUUAAAGCCUUAUAUUCCACUGGAAACCUAAGGGAACAAUGAUAAAUAAAUAAGUAGUUAAAUUGCUCAGUAAAUCGUAGCAUCGUCUCAUCUUAUACCCUCUUUAUAAGUUUCCGUGAUUACACAGUGAAAUAUUGUCAGUACAUAUACUGUGGUGAGAGCUGUCUACUAGCCAAAUUGGUAGACAGUAAUUUACGUCAAUAUUUACGUUCCCAAGAUUUGUCGUGAGAAAAUGUGAACAAAGAUUGAUUAAAACCGACCACAGCAUACUUUGCGUAGGCGGAUGCAGUUAACAUAUAGAUGAUCUGACAUUCAAGAAACAGUCACAAAUAGAUGAAAGAUUAACUUUACGUGAGAAACAACCAAUCGGAAGACUGUGUUUGUUUGCUUAAAUAUCCAUAGUAAUGUACAUGAAAAUAUAUAAAUAUGCGUUGAUUUCCUUAAUAAAUGAUCUGUUGUCUGGCCCUUGUCUUCUGUUGUUACAAUACCAAUAAGUUCGUCAGACUCUAUACUACAAGUAGU